CCAUCUUAUUGUAAACAAGAUCAGCUGAUUUGAUUUGUCUUUUUAAUAAUAUAUUUUAAGAACCAUGAGUAUAUCAACGAAAUCUUUUAUGAGAUAUUUCAACACACAAAAUGUUUUAGCCAAACAAAUACCACGUAAUCUUAAGGGGAAAAGUAAAAGUUCACAAGAAUGGCUGACCCGCCAAUUAGCAGAUCCUUAUGUGGAGAAAGCUAAAAUGAUGAAUCUUCGCUGCCGCAGUGCUUUCAAGCUUAUAGAAAUUGAUGACAGAUUUAAAAUACUUAAACCUGGUGACACUGUACUAGACUGUGGAGCGGCACCCGGCAGUUGGACACAAGUGGCGGUCAAUCGUACCAACGCCAAUGGCACCAAAGAGGGUAAUAAGAGAGGUGCAGUUUUUAGCAUUGACUUGUUACAUUUUCAUGCGGUGCCGGGUGCUACUACAUUCGGAGGCAUGGACUUUACAACUACUAGUGCACAGCAGCGUCUUCGCGAGGCCUUAGCAGGACGACAAGUGAAUUGUGUUCUCUCAGAUAUGGCACCCAAUGCUACUGGUGUGCGAAUGUUAGAUCAAGAGAAUAUAAUGAGUUUAUGCUAUUCGGUGCUACGAUUUGCAUUGGCGAUGUCUGCUGUAAACGCAAAUUUGGUAGUCAAAUUAUGGGCGAAUGGAGAUGUAGCUAAACUGGAAAAAGACUUGGCACGAUUUUACGAGUAUGUUAAACGCGUAAAACCAGAGUCCAGUCGAUCAGAUUCUGCAGAGAUAUUUUUAGUGGCACGCCAAUAUAAGGGGUUAGAAAUAGCAAGCGAGACGUCGACAAAAGAAAACAGUUGAUUGUUGGUUAACCAUUCUUUAUUUGUUAUUUAAUUCUUUGUUAACAAUCUAAAUUCUUUGGACCAAUAAACUCUUACAAUAUUUACUUUAUAA